UCUCAAAGUGUGAAAUGUGGGUACAAAGCAUACGAUAAGAGCUGCAGUUCCGACGUUGCAGCUUCAUGUGUCGAUAAAACGAAGCCCCAUGAUACAUUUGCUGAGAGCUCGUACUGACGCCGAACUGGACCCUACCUGGUAUAAAUCCCACCGUUGUGGGCGGACAGUCUCAUCACAUCUGCCGUGAGUGAGUGAGUUGCAUUCGUCUGGUCGAAGUUGUGGGCUUGUGACUGCAAGUCUCAGUGUGAGCCGUUUGGGACCAAACUAGAGACAUGGGGAUCACCACCGGGAAGGGUGUGAUGGUGUCGAGCUUGUGUUUGAUCGUGGUGCUUGCUCUCGUUGCGAAUGUGAAUGCGCAGUGUAGCCUGAGCCAGCUGAGCCAGUGCAUCAGUGCUGUCACCCAGGGUACCAACCCCCCGCCCCUUUGCUGCAACGAGGUGGCUUCGGCCGACUUCGGCUGUUUCUGCAACUUGGUGUCGAGGGGGAACUAUCCUCCAGCGUACGUCAGCAAUGCGGUCCUAGUGCCGCAGAAGUGCGGGGGAGAGGCCUACUCGAAAUUAAAAGGCAAGACCUGUGCUGGUCAAUACAUUCCUUGAAGAUGGAAUCGUCAAUACCUCGGCGACGAGCAGUGUGGGAGUGGUUGCAUUGUAUCAUGUACAACUUCACACACUAUAGUUAGAAGUUUGCUGAGAUUAAUGGUAUUUACGUCAGUACUUGAAGAUGGAUUUCUAGAUUAGUGCUCACGGUUAUUGUAUGCCCAGUAAUUCGUAAUUUGUUAUUAUAGUGGUCAGUUGCAGGUGCUCACACUGAAGACUAAAUGAGGGUUGAAAAUCUUGUGAUUUUACGCAACUUGACUUGUGCCACUCAAUGGCUCUUCACGAGGGUUUGAAAUGUCAGUAAAACAGCAAUAGGUUCAUGGAUCAUUCAUUGUUUAAGGACUUUGAAUUUGCGAUUUCCCAUGAAUAUAGCAUUUAAUGAAAUGCUUACCUUGGGUGUA